GGAACGACCUCGUAAUGGCACGAGAACUUAAAAGUUGGUCUUUUUGGCGGGCAGUAUUGGCCGAGUUUGUUGGGAUGACCCUUUUCAUUUUUAUCGGUAUAGCUUCCGCCACUGGAAACAAGCAUAACAGAUAUCCUGACCAAGAGGUGAAAGUAGCUUUAGCUUUUGGUUUGGCCAUUGCCACGUUGGCUCAGAGUUUGGGCCACAUCAGUGGAGCGCACCUAAACCCCGCCAUUACUUUAGGACUGCUGGUGAGCUGCCAGAUCAGUUUCUUCAGGGCCUUUAUGUAUGUCGUUGCCCAGAUGUUGGGCGCUGUCCUGGCUAGUGGUAUCAUGUUCAAAGUUAGCCCUGACCCUGAUACAACUUUGGGACUUAAUACGCUGAGUAACGGUGUAAAUGCAGGUCAGGGAUUUGCCAUUGAGCUUUUUGCAACCUUUCAGCUGGUGCUUUGUGUGUUGGCUACAACAGAUAAACGUCGGACCGAUGUCACAGGCUCUGCACCUCUCGCCAUUGGACUGUCAGUUGGUUUAGGACACUUGGUUGCAAUCAGUUUCACCGGUUGUGGCAUCAAUCCUGCUCGAUCCUUUGGACCAGCAGUUGUUCUUGAAGCAUACAAAAACCACUGGAUAUACUGGAUUGCACCCAUGUGUGGAGGGGUGGCUGCUGCCCUUGUGUAUGACUUCUUGCUGUACCCAAAAAAGGAAGGAUUUGGCAGGCGCAUGAAUGUUCUUAAAGGCGAGGCGGAACCGGAAACCUCUGCGACCGAACCCCUAAUCGAACCCCGAACCCCCAGAUCUGGUUCUGGUCAGUGGCCCAGGCCCUGAAAUGUGAUGAGUCUUGAGGCCUGGGAACUGAGUGACUCACAGAUGAAAGUACUACAGGACAAACUCGUCUUUUGGUGAAGACUUUUUUGAGUAAAGAUUGGAUUAAUUGAUUACUCUACAAUAAUAUUGCAGUGUUGGUUGACAACAGAUUAGUUAUUUAUAUCCAAAUAUUCUUGAAAUUUGUUGUUUAAGGCUCAUCAUCUUUAUCUCUAUUGUAACCUGACCUUCAGGGCUAUUAAAUCCAUUGUCUUACCACAAACAAGUAAAUAAAGGAAG